AUGAUGCCGCGGCAGACGGCUCAUUUUCCUAUCGACACGCGCAAGGGCUCCGUGAACUUAAAGGAACGUCCAGAGCAGCCCAAUGACCAGCCGUCAUUACUCCAUUUACACAACACGCUGAUUGGCUCCGGAGUAAUGAACACAACACUGCAAUCAAUCAUCAUCAAGAGCCCGCGCACCCGUGUCAGCGCCAGGGCCCCCGUGUGCCGUGCAGGGGCCGUAUCCCGGGGCCAACCAUCCAUCGUCCCCAUGACCAACCGUCCACCUGACCACCGGCAGCCAGUCCUGAAGCCCGUGAAACCUGUGCUGUUUUAA